AGAUCGGUUUUGUAGCCCGGGUAUUAGCGAUGCGAUGGAACGCGCUACUACAGAGAAGCAUUGCGCCACUAUCGAGCCGGCUAUCAUCACCUAUCGUUGGAAAGUCCCCGAAAAAAGUGACUGCCGAUGAAGCAGUCAGUCAGAUUAAGUCUAAUUCGACCCUAUAUGUACAUACUCAAGCCUCUACACCGACUGAGCUGCUGACUUCACUCUGUAACCGCGUGGAAAAUCAUCAACUUUCCGGGCUCUGUGUGUAUCACACACUCUUGGGUGGCGAGAUUCCGUGGUCCAACGAAAAAUUCUUUGGUAAAAUACGCUCCAAUAGUUUCUUUCUGGACAACACUAUUCGGAGAUUAGUGAACAAUGGUCAUGCCGAUUAUAUUCCUAUGUUUCUUUCGGAUAUACCCAAAUACUUCCGAAAUGGGACACUACCUCUAGAUUUUGCACUAAUCUCGACCACCCCACCAGAUAGACUUGGUUAUUGCUCAAUCGGUGUAAAUGUGGAUACCUCGCUUGGUCCCAUCGAAAGUGCGAAAAAGAUCAUUGCCGUUACCAACAAAAGGAUGCCACGAACUUUCGGGAUCACCAGCAUUCAUCAAUCUCACAUUGAUUCCAUUGUCGAAGUGGACCGAGAUAUCUAUGGCACUUCUGAAGAAGCAAGCAUCACUGAAGUAAAAAAUAAAAUUGGUAGAUUGAUUGCUGACAACCUCGUCGAAGAUGGUGCUACGCUCCAGUUAGGAAUUGGCGCGAUACCGGAUUCGACCCUUGCAGCGAUGAAGCAUCACAAGAACCUUGGCAUACAUACUGAACUUGUUGGGAAUGGGGUGGUAGAUUUGAUUGAAAGAGGUGUCAUUGACAAUUCAAAGAAAUCCGUGAUGCCUGGAAAGAUAGUAACAAGCUUCGCGUUUGGUCCAAAGAAGUUUUACGACUUUGUGGACAAUAAUCCUAUGUUUCAUUUUACUUGCUGUAGUUGGACGAAUGAUCUUGAUGUUAUAAGGGCAAAUUCUAAGAUGACUUGUGUGAACUCUGGCAUUGAGAUCGAUUUGACUGGGCAAGUGGUUUCAGAUUCUAUAGGGACCACGUUCUACUCAGGUUUCGGUGGACAACUAGACUUCAUGACAGCUGCGACAACGACCAAUGAUGGGCUUGGAAAAGCCAUCAUUGCGAUAACAUCCAGAACCAAUAGGGGCAAAUCAAAAAUUACGAGCACACUGGCUAAGGGUGCUGGAGUAGUCACAACUCGAGGCCAUGUAAGAUUGCUCACCCAGACGUCCGGGAACAAUUAG